AUGGAGAGAGAGCUCCUCUUCCUUCAUCUCAUUCUCCUAAACAUUGUUAGUCUCACCGUUUCCCAUGCCUCAUUACCUAUACUCCACCUAUAUAUAUCUGGAUCUGGCAAUUACUCAACUAAUAGUUCAUACCAGAAGAACCUUGUCGCCCUCCUCUCUAACCUUUCCUCCGGGACCGAUAGAUAUGGGUUUUACAAUUCUUCAUUUGGUGACAAUCCAGACAAAGUUUAUGCAAUUGUGCUUUGCAGAGGAGACGUUGAGCUCCAUGCCUGUCGUAGUUGUAUCAACGAUUCCACUAUUAAGCUCCCACAACUGCUUCCUAACAACAAGGGGGCGAUCGGAUGGUAUGACUACUGUAUGCUGCGUUACUCGAACGACUCCAUAAAUGGCAUUGUUGCAACUGAUCCGCGUAAUUUAAUGGUGAAUGGCAGAGAUGCGUUGAGCAUGAAUGAUUUUAAGCAGGCGGUGAGUAGGUUGUUGGACAAUCUCCGCAGCCAGGCAGCGUCGGGUGGGGCCCACUGCAAGUUCGUGACGGGGAACACAUCUGGUACGAGAACUAUAGUUUCUUUACGGAGAUUCCAGCUGCUGCACCACCAGCCACAUCAGGGUAGUAUUUGGUCAAUUAAGAUCUUCAGAGAUUACUCAGUUUCGAAGUUGCAGGUUUCUGAAACUGCUAGACUUGAUCUGAUAUGUUCAUUUGUUUCCUCUGAUUGA